CCACGCGUACAGUUACAAUCUGGAAUCUCCUGGUACACAAAAUCAGCUGUAACGAAUAUAGCAAGCUCCAGCAUCACUCUUCGCCGCUCCUAAUCUCCUCGAUAAGCUUUAGAUAUUGCAAUGUCGACCACCGCCAGAAUCCAUCCGACGGCCUCCGCUGUGCUCUCCACCACCAUCAAACACCACCUUCGGCCGCCUCCCAACGCUGUCGUAUUCAGAACCAAUCCCAACUCCCUGCGGCGCCGCGGCACCACAAGAACCCUCACGGUGGCAAUGGCCGCCCCUCUCGACGUUUGUGCCAAGGCUUCCGUUACUGUUCCCAACAAGCUCGGCGACUGUCCCUUCUGUCAAAGGGUGUUGCUGACACUAGAGGAAAAGCAUCUCCCUUAUGACCUGAAGUUGGUAGACUUGGGCAACAAGCCAGAAUGGUUCUUAAAAGUUUACCCAGAAGGUAAAGUUCCUGUGGUAAAACUUGAUGAGAAGUGGGUUGCGGAUUCAGAUAUUAUUACACAAGCACUGGAAGAAAAAUACCCUGAUCCACCUCUGGCAACGCCCCCUGAGAAGGCUUCAGUUGGAUCGAAGAUCUUCUCUACAUUUAUCGGUUUCCUUAAGAGCAAAGAUGCCAAGGAUGGAACAGAAGAAGCGUUGCUAAAUGAACUUAAGUCUUUCGACGAUUAUCUCAAAGAAAACGGUCCUUUUAUCAAUGGGAAAGUGGUUUCUGCUGCUGAUUUUUCACUUGGACCCAAGUUGUAUCAUCUAGAGAUUGCUCUGGGGCAUUUCAAAGAUUGGUCAAUUCCCGAUUCUCUUCCAUAUGUGAAGUCUUAUAUGAAGAGUAUAUUCUCACUGGAUUCAUUCGUUAAAACUAGUGCCCUGAAAGAAGAUGUCAUUGCGGGUUGGCGUCCAAAAGUCUUGGGUUAAAAUGUCUUGUUGCUGUUAUCUCUAGCUCAGCCAAAGUAGUACAUCGAGGUUAUAGCAAAGCUAUUGAUGUUGCAUAGCUUCGAGUACAGAAGGUGAAAGUUGCUGUAGUUACAUAAAAUGCGCUUAAAUGUAUCAACCAAGACGGAAUGUAUCAACCCGACAGUGAACUUUUCAUGCAUUGAUCAUGUCAAUUGUGCAGCAUGGCAAAGGAACCCAGCUUGGUUGGGUUUUGGCUGCACCUGAACAAUAAACAGUACAAUGGAGCCGGCCUAGCAGCAUCGAAAUGAGCAAGCAUUUUGAAGUGACAAUUUUUGGCACGACACGACAAUACAUUGAGAAAGCAAAUAAGGUUAAGAAUAAUUUUGCAUGUGUGCUUGCAACUUUGAAUGGAUGCAUAUAGCAGUACUUGAUGUGGAAACGGGUUUUGGCACCAAGUUGAGAAAGCAAAUAAGGUUAAUGAUAGUUGAAAAGGGACAUUGACUUGUCCUCUAACAUAUGAAAAAGUGCUUUUUGAAAAGGGGGAUUCUUUUUUUUUUUAUAUGUUCCGCAGUAUCUGGUAUCCCAGAUGUUUUGACCGUAGGGUUUUUGUCCUCUAACAUAUGUAAAAGUGCUUUUUGAAAAGGCAGUGUGCUUUAUACUGCAACAUCA